GCUGACGCUGGUUGAGGCAGGAUUCAGAGAGGCUUGAUCAUAAUAUUUAACACACCCACCCUGUAAGCGCUCGAGUGUGGAUCCACGGAAUGGGCAGGAGACAAUCACUGGAACAAGUGCAAGCAGAAACGGCUACACCUGUCAAACGUUCUCCGGCGUCUUGUUUUGAAAAUGCGACAAGGACAGGCGUUAACUAAAACGCCUGCUAUGCGCUGAUCGUUUGGUGUCCUUUGAUACACCCCUUCAGUCUGAAGUUAUUUUUAUUUCACAAGAACGACUUAUUGUCUUAAAAUCGUCACUCCACUUCUGAUGUUUGAUGGGUCACCCAUCCGCUGGACAAUGUUUUAAUCUGUUUACGAAUAACAAGUAUAUAUGGUGACAGUGACGGUUGAGAGGGCAUGUGCUCUAUCUUCAGUGAACCCAGGAUGUAAAUCUGGAUUAAUACCUACUAGUUUCUCUAUUUGGUUGUCAUAUUCGGCGACGCAGUGAAGACCGGGCACAGAUGAUGGAAUAGCAGCACAUGGGCAUCGCGCAAUUGUGCUACAUUUGAUGAUAGUAUUGUUUAUAUGUAUUUCAUGCUACGUUUUUUGGAGAAUAGCGUCAAUAUAUAAUAUAAUUGUCAAAUAUAUAAUAUAAUUGACAAAUAUCCCUGAGACACACUGUCAAUGCCGACUAGUUCAAUUGUGUGUCUCGUGAGAUAUAGACACAGACAAGACCCCGAAGAGGCUUAGCACAUAUAGAAUUCUUCGACUUCGUGAACAUGGAGUUGCUAACUUAAAACGGAGUGUUUUCGUAAUAGUUAUAGAUAUUCUUCUAAUGGACACCGAAUGGUGUAUAUUGCAUGUCGUACAAAAUUGACUUCUUUGCGCUGGUGGUGUUAUCUUGUGAAAGCCCACAAUAUUAUCAGGACAUUUUAUAUAAUUGGAUUGAUAAAGAUGAUAUUGUUUCGUAAAUUCCGUGUACUCAUUCUCAUGGUUUUUCUGGUUGCGUGCACCAUGCACAUUAUGAUAGACUUACUACCGAAACUGGAGAAACGCGCCGUAGGAACGAACUCUGGCACUGGAGGCUGCUCGUGCUCCCAUAAUCCGAGCGAAGAACCACGGAAUUGGGCAAAGCAACAAGCGAGGUCGGGACCAGAAUCGGGUUGGCCUAACAAACACACUUUGAGGAUUUUGCAAGAUUUCAGCAAUGAGCCAAGUUCCAACCUCACCUCUCACUCCCUGGAAAAGGUCACGGGGAUAGCAGAUAAAGCUGAUUCCAUGAAGCGCACGAGGCAGGUCCCUGGGAAUGCCGAAAACCAGAAACCACUCAUCAAGGAUACCGGUGCAGGAAAGAAGGCAUAUGCUUCAAGUUUAUCACGCCUAGCAGCUUUGUAUGAUCAUCCUUUAUACAAAAUUGACCUGCCCUCGCUCACAGACGAUGACACUCUGUUCAACGUCAAUACUGACAUCCGACUAUAUCCCAAAGCUGCUGGGAAUCCAGAAUGGCACCACGAGGCCAAUGCGGAGGAGGAAGAGUACAGUCCCACAGGGGGAGCCGCGGCCGAGUCCUACCCCAACUGGCUGCGCUUCCACGUGGGCAUCAACCGCUACGAGCUCUACGCCCGCCACAACCACGCCGUCGAGGCGCUCCUCAAGGACCUGGUGUCCCAGAGCAUCACCAGUGUGGCCAUGAAGUCAGGAGGCACCCAGCUGAAGCUCAUCAUGACCUUCCACAACUAUGGACAAGCCCUCUUCAAACCUAUGAAGCAGACAAGGGAACAAGAAACCCCUCCAGACUUCUUCUACUUCUCCGACUUUGAGAGACACAAUGCUGAGAUAGCAGCCUUCCACCUGGACAGAAUUCUGGACUUCCGUCGCGUGCCGCCAGUUGCCGGGCGCCUUGUCAAUAUGACGAGGGAAAUCCGGGACGUGACUCGGGACAAGAAGUUGUGGAGAACCUUCUUCAUAUCCCCAGCCAACAACAUCUGUUUCUACGGCGAGUGCUCUUACUACUGCUCCACUGAGCAUGCUCUGUGUGGCAAACCGGACCAGAUCGAGGGCUCGCUGGCCGCCUUCCUCCCAGACCUGGCCCUGGCCAAGCGCAAGACCUGGAGGAACCCGUGGCGCCGCUCCUACCACAAGCGCAAGAAAGCCGAGUGGGAGGUGGACCCUGACUACUGCGACGAGGUGAAGCAGACACCCCCGUAUGACCAAGGCACUCGACUCCUGGAUGUCAUGGACAUGACCAUCUUUGAUUUCCUCAUGGGCAACAUGGAUCGUCACCACUACGAAACCUUUGAGAAAUUUGGCAACGAGACGUUUAUCAUCCACUUGGACAAUGGCCGAGGGUUCGGGAAGCACUCCCACGAUGAGCUCUCCAUCCUGGUACCCCUCAGUCAGUGCUGCAGAGUGAAGCGCUCCACCUACCUGCGCCUCCAGCUGCUGGCCAAGGAGGAGUACAAGCUGAGCGGUCUGAUGGAGGAGUCGCUGAUGCGGGACCGUCUGAACCCGGUGCUGAUCCGACCCCACCUGGAUGCUCUGGACCGCCGGGUGCGUGUGGUGCUCAAGGUGCUGUCCGACUGUGUGGAGAAGGAGGGCUUCACCGGCGUGGUGGAGGAUGACCUGGCGCAUGGCUACCGCGCCCGACAUCAUGAGCCCGGCGCCCGGGGGAGGUAGUGAGCCCCAGGAGAGAGCGAGAGGGGACUACUGGGCUUACACAGCCGGGUCGGCUUUCUUUUUGGUGGUGCUUAGCCACCAGGUUGUGGAGGAGGAGGGUGGACCGACCAUUCAAACCCCCCCCCCCCCCCCCCCCCCCCUCCUCUCAACAGCCCCUUAAACUGAACACUGCAUGAGUGUCAGUGUCAGAGGAAGCACUUGCUUACCAGUUGGAGGAAGCCUUGCACCUCGAGCCUUCCGCCUCCAUCCUGAAUUCAGUGAAUUCCAGACCAAGACUUGCUGUAAACCGCCUCUCUACCCAUAAAGCCACUGUGUGUGUGUGUGUGUGUGGGUGGGUGUUUAUGGGUGCCUAUUGAGUGUGUGCACACACACGAGGGACCGUGGCUCAACCUUGGCAGAGGGAAAUUGUCACAGAAGAUUAAUCAAAUGUGAGAUGUUUCGGUUUGACACAGGCAGGAAGGACUCUCCCUUGAUGUAUAUUUUGUUUGUUCAAAGAAAGCUUAUUUGAGAUUCGAGUGCUGCUCUUUUUUUCUCUGUGUGUGUGUGUGUGUGUGUCUGUGUGUGUGUGUUUGUUAAACUAUGCCUUUAUAAUUAGAGAGCAACAUUUCAGCACAAUUAAUCAAAAAUUGCACAUGUAUCCACUGGAAAAAUGUCACGCAGUACAAUAGUGAAAUAAAAAGUUCAAUGUGUAUUUGAUGGGAAGAGAGAUGAGAUGGAGGCAGUCACCACUGGAGUAGAACAAAUAGCGUGUCUUACAUGCUCAGCCUCACAACAACUCAUGAGGGAGCCAACAUUCAUAGUCAUUCAUUCAUAUACCAUAGUCUCUCUUGUAGCUUACUGCACAGAGACAGAUAGUAGUGCAGUGGUUUUCACCCAGCUCUGUGAACCCAGAGCUGCUGCAUGUACAGGUUCGUUAUAUGAGCUGUUUUUUCCUACUACAGACAUCCUCUCUCAUCUGUUCCCUAUCAGACCAAAAGCUGACAACCACCCACCUCACCCCCACACCACCACCACCACCUCUGGGAUGUCUAAUCUGCUUAGGUUUGGCUUUUGGUUGUUUGUGUCACAUUGCCACACCCAGUAUCCAAUCCGCCAGGUCCUUCUGCUUUUCUAACCAGUCAGCAGACCAGCAUCAUCUGUCAUCCUCAUACUGCUUCCAUGUCUUGGUGAACAGGUCAGCAAACAGCAUACACUGCAAAAGAGCCAUCCUUUGGAGGUUCCUGGCUGGAUUAGUGGACUGUCAUUAGAUGUUAAGUCUUGGGUAUUAAGGCCAUACAGGUGAUUACAGAGGGAUAGAUGGAUGUGUUUUAGUUUUGAUUUUGUAGUAGUUGAGUUUAGUAGUAAGCUAAAGGCUUACUGGAAAUCUUUAGAGGGUUCAGUGGGUUUGUAUUUCAUCAAGUCACUGUUACUGCCAUUACUUUAUUAUUAUUAUUAUUAUUAUUUUCAGUGCCCAAUGAAACAUAAUUUACUUUAACUGGAGAGUGCCUUUAGUUUUUGGGUUGAGUUCUCACACAGGCAUCACCAGUUAUGAGAUCUCACAGUGCCAACUGUUCUGAUAAAAAAUGUCCAUUGUGACACUGAGAUUAAAAGCAGCAUGAUAGUUUAAUAUGUUGCUUUUGAAAAUUAUUUAUUGAACUGCGUACCAAAAUACAGUGACAGAUGGGAGAUGGAGAUUGCUUUGUUUGCUUGUUUUAUUUGUUUGUUUGGAUACCGUCUCACGCUGUCCUUGUUCUGAACACUUCUAUACUGCAGAGUGCAGAGCUGGACGUAGAAUACAUAUGACACAAAGCGUUCUGUGCACCUCUGUCCCAGUCAAACCCAGUGCCUGUGCAACAAGAGGAAAUACUUGAAUGUUUUUUUUUCAGGGGGGUUGUUGAGGGUUCUGUAGUACACGCUCGUCCCAGGAGAGAGCUUUGAGUGACAGUGGGGGGUCAAAGAGAGGGAGUCCUGCCAUGAUAACAAAGGCAGAAUCUGACUGUGUAAAUAUCUAUAAAUAACAUGUCAGCCACAAGCCUUGUUGGUUUAUUUUUGUCCUUUUUAUUUGUUUGUUUGUUUGUUUAUUGGUUUGAUGGUUUGUUUCCCUUCUGCAUUGGUACUGUGAAAACAUGUUUGCCAAAUGGGUGCAAUAAAACGGAAAAAAAAACAAAAAAUAGACAAAUAAACAACUUAAACUACAACAA